AUAAUUGAAACGAUGACGACAAGAGAGGCAGGAAUAGCAAGGAGUGAAAAACUCAGUUUUGCAAAGCUUUGAAUGGAGACCAAAAAGGCCAUACUAUUUCUUCCAUGUACCUUUCCUUCAUAAUUACACGUUAUCCACCUUCUUUAUAACCUCAACGCCAUUCCCUCUCUUCAACUCAACCAAAAAUUUGCCUACCCAUUUUCCCAAUCCUUGCUUCUGAGCUUUCGUUUUGCACCUUCCGAUGGCAGAUCUCAGCCCCAGGUCUGAGAUCUCAUUCUUGCAAACUUUCCUGUGCAGUGCUUUCGCUGCCUGUUUCGCUGAGUUCUGCACCAUUCCUUUAGACACUGCUAAAGUCAGGCUCCAGCUCCAAAAGAAAGCAGUUGUGGGGGAUACAACUGGCUCACAGAAAUAUAGGGGCUUGUUCGGUACUAUGGCUACCAUCGCUAGGGAAGAAGGUUUAGCAGCACUUUGGAAUGGCAUAAUUCCAGGAUUACAACGCCAGUGUAUUUACGGAGGCUUAAGGAUUGGGUUAUAUGAUCCUGUCAAAAUUUUCCUUGUUGGCAGUGCUUUUGUUGGAGAUAUUCCUCUGUUCCACAAAAUACUUGCUGCUCUAUUGACUGGUGCUCUGGCAAUCAUAGUGGCUAAUCCAACGGACCUUGUGAAGGUUCGACUUCAAGCUGAAGGAAAAUUGCCAGCUGGAGUUCCUAGGCGUUAUUCUGGAGCUGUAGAUGCUUAUUUCACUAUAGUGAGACAGGAAGGAGUAGGGGCCCUGUGGACUGGGCUGGGGCCAAAUGUAGCACGAAAUGCUAUUAUAAAUGCUGCUGAACUAGCCAGUUAUGAUCAAGUAAAGGAGACGAUUUUGAAAAUUCCAGGGUUCAUGGACAAUAUUUUCACUCAUCUCCUAGCUGGUCUGGGUGCCGGUUUUUUUGCAGUUUGUAUUGGCUCUCCUGUUGAUGUGGUAUGCAUUCUGCAACCAAUUAGUUGUAAAAAUAAGUUUGGUACUCCAAUUUAUCUUCAUAAGGCCGUAAAUAAAUACAUUGGUUUGAAUUGCAACUACAAUGAAAUGCAAAUGCACUAUUGCCAAAAAAUAUGGAAACUUUAGAGAUAUUUUUGAAACAAUAAAUUCUUCAUCGCAGAUCAUCAACCUUUUAAUUUCAACUUCGAUAUUGAUCUUGGCUUUCUAGAACUGAAAUUUCAAUAUUAAUACAUUAACGUAUAUAUUUAUAUUUAACGUAUGGAAAUUACAGCUGAAGUGUAAACAUAAAACAGAAUUUUAAAGAGAAGUUAUCAAAUGAUAAUUCUCUCGUUCGUUCAUUCUCUCUCUCUCAUGCUGCCUUGUAAAGCAUAGCAUUGGAAAUGAAAAUAUUGAAGAUUAUAUGAUGAAUAUGGUACUGAAAAUUGGACGCUUGAUCCGGGCAUGCUAUAUUCCAACCAAAGAAGAAACAAAGAUCUGUGCAUGCUAUAUUUAUUCUCAAAAUUUUAAAAAUCAUGGAAUGCUGGUUAGCAUAACCUGCAUAUUGUUCGGUGCAGGCUGUAACAAGGGUGUGCUAGUGAAAGAUUGUGAUGACAUUUUCUUAUUGUACAAAACAAUUUUAUAUAGUUUUUGAUGGAUGAGCUAGUAAGGAAAUGUUGGGUUGGAUGCCCUGCUUGUUAUG